AUGACUUGUGUCGAAGGAAAAUGGGAUAGUGAAUUUCCGAUAUGUGCUAAAUAUGAUCCAAUACAUAUACCUUGUGACUUCGAAUUGCCGGAAGAAAGGUUUUGUGGGUGGAGAAAUUAUAUGUAUAAUGAAACUGAGUGGGUGGCCGAUAACAUUUCAGUUCUGCCAAACAGUAAAAGAAGUCACGUAACACCUGGUUCUUCUCAAUAUUUUAUAAAUAAUUAUAUAUCUUUGGACACGGAAGAUUAUGGAUCCACUACCAUCGGACAAUUGUUAUCACCAUCACUUCUUCCAGUUGCAACUAAACAAAGGUGUUUAAAAUUUUCUUAUAAAGUAACGCCAGCCGAUUCACGCAGUCGUCCUACACUGAAAGUAAUUCUUGGAGGCAUACCUCACUGGCAAACUCAUGGAGGGGAAGGAAGAGCUAUAAUUGGGUUAUAUCGAUUUAACGUGCCUAAUCAAAUCUUAAUUGAAGGUAGUAGUUGUAAAGCAGCUAUUGAUAAUUUGAUAAUUACAGAAGAUAAUAGUUGUACUCAACGACCGUACGACGAAGAGCUCGAAAGUUGUCAUGACAAUUGCGGAAAAAUAUCAGAUGGGGUUGGUUGUUCGUGUGAUUGGGCAUGCCAUAAUAAUAAUAACUGCUGCACAGAUAUACAAAUAAAAUGUCCGUAUAUCAAACCAAUAGAUGAUAUAUCUAGAUUAUAUUUAUCUACUUCAACUACUACCACACAAACCAUGAUGAUGACUUCAAAAAAAAAAUAA